AGCACGAAAGAGCAGUCAAGAAUCAGAAGCACCAUGAGCACCGCAGGCAAAGUCAUUAAAUGCAAAGCAGCUGUCGCUUGGGAGAUUAAAAAACCCCUGGUCAUUGAGCAAAUCGAAGUAGCUCCCCCAAAGGCUCAUGAAGUUCGUAUUAAGAUUUUGGCCACAGGGAUCUGUCGCUCAGAUGACCAUGUGCUCAGUGGUGCAUUUGCUAUGCCUCUCCCAAUGGUUUUGGGCCAUGAAGCAGCUGGAGUUGUGGAAAGUGUGGGAGAGGGAGUAACUUGUGUGAAACCAGGAGACCAUGUUAUCCCUCUCUUUGUCCCACAAUGUGGAAACUGCAGUUCUUGCCGGAGUACAAAAGGCAACCUUUGUUCUCAACAUGACCUUAGUGAAGGUCGUGGUUUAAUGCCCGAUGGCACCAGCAGGUUUACUUGCAAAGGGAAGAAGCUUUACCAUUUCAUUAGUACCAGCACCUUCACGGAAUACACGGUGGUGCAUGAGAAUGCAGUGGUGAAAAUUGAUGCUGCUGCCCCUAUGGAAAAAGUGUGUCUGAUUGGCUGCGGGUUUUCCACUGGUUAUGGAGCAGCUGUUCAAACAGCCAAGGUGGAACGUGGUUCUACCUGUGCCGUCUUUGGUUUGGGAGGGGUUGGUCUCUCGGCCGUCAUGGGAUGCAAGGCUGCAGGAGCUUCCCGGAUUAUUGGAGUUGACAUCAACAAAAGUAAAUUUGCCAAAGCUAAAGAGCUGGGAGCCACCGAAUGUGUCAACCCACUGGAUUACAAGAAGCCCAUCAAUGAAGUAUUGUUUGAUUUGACUGAUGGUGAAGGUGUAGAUUAUUCAUUUGAAGUGAUUGGACGCACAGAUACCAUGACUGCUGCCUUGGCUUCCUGCCACCAGAACUAUGGAACCAGCGUAAUUGUGGGUGUGCCUCCUUCUGCAUCUGAGAUCUCCUUUGAUCCAAUGCUUCUUUUCACUGGCCGUACCUGGAAAGGAUCUGUGUUUGGAGGUUGGAAGAGCAAGGAUUCUGUCCCUAAACUGGUUUCUGAUUUCAUGGGGAAGAAAUUUGUUUUGGAUCCAUUAAUUACUCACACAUUACCUUUAGAAAAAAUCAAUGAAGGGUUUGAACUGCUCCGGUCUGGAAAGAGCAUCCGCACUGUUUUGACAUUUUAAGAACCUGAAUAAGAUUGGACUGACAAUAGCUGAAGAUCGUUCUCCAAGGCUUUUCUAAUGAACCAUAUGCGCUGGGCUUUUGGUUUCUUCUGUUCUAACACCUAUGUUUGCAUAAUGGACCAAAUGAAUGCCGAAUACUAGGAUGAAAUUGUGGAAUUCAUCAGGAAAUUUGAUUAUAUUAGCUUUGCUAACCUGUAAUGGAUUAGAUUAACA